UAGCUUCUCUGCUCCUAUUGGCUGGCGCGGCAGAGAAAUCUCUGGGGAGAGAGACGAUUGGCGGAAGGGCGGAGGGAGGCGGGGACGUGGGCAGCGGCGCGGCUCGCCAUUGGCUGCCCAGGAGGGGGCCGGCCGACGUUGGGAAGCAGGAAGUGGUUGCUAAGAGCGUGGCCAUGGCUAACGGGGACGACGCAAACGGCCUGAGGAAAGUGCUGGCCACUUUCAAGUCCUGCCUUGAUGAGAAGCAGGAAGUUUUGAUGGAUCCUUACUUAGAAGGCUGGAAAGGGCUUGUCAGGUUUCUGAACACCAUGGGCGCAAUCUUCUCCUUCGUUUCCAAAGAUGCGGUUGCCAAGAUCCAGAUCAUGGAGGACUUCCGGAGCGGGGAGCAGAAGGAGAACUAUGUCAGUAUUCACGCCAUGGUGAAGUAUGAGUUGGACAACAACCUGGUGGACUUGAAGAAGCAAGACUUCUACCCGACCUCCGGCACCCGGACAAUCUUGCGCCUCCACCGCGCCCUCCGCUGGCUGCAGCUCUUCCUGGAGGGCCUCAGGACCAGCGGCCCGGAAACCCGGACGUCGGUGGUCUGCACGGAGGCGUACAACGCCUCCCUGGCCAACCACCACCCGUGGAUUAUCCGCAAGGCAACCACCAUGGCCUUUUACACCCUGCCUGCUCGGGAAGCCUUCUAUGCAAACAUGAAGGUGGGCGACCAAGACGAGGCAGUGGAGAUGCUGGGAGAGGCUUUGCCCAGCCUCAAGCAGAUCUACGAUGUCACGGAAGCUCUGUAUAGCCAGCACGACCUCCUUAGCCUCCCGUAACAGAGCUGGCCGCCCCCCACCAAUCAGUGUUUCUCUGAACAUCACAGAUGAAAAGCAAGCGUAGAUCGCACAUAUUCCAUGCUCAUGCCUGUACACGUCUAGGGCAGCUUGUUGGCACUUUUUUGUUGUCUUCUAUCAAUCAGGAUUCCUAUAAGCGGGAAGCACUUCAAACCAUCCCUACGCUGGCUUCAAUCACCCAGACAGCUGAAUAAACAGAAAUGGUCCCAGUUUUUCUGGGACAAGAGCAGAGAGCCUGCAGCCUUCCUGAUGUUGCUGGAUUCCAGUUCCCAUCUUUCCUUUCCGUUGGCCGUUCUGGCUGGUGAGAGUUGCAGGUCCAACAACAGAAUAAAACCACAACCGCCAUCAUUCCUGACUGUUGGCCAUCCUGGCCGGGGCUGAUGGGAGUUCAACAACAAAGUUAAACCACAACCCCCAUCAUUCCUGACUGUUGGCCAUGCUGGCUGGAGCUGAUGGGAAUUGGAGUCCAACACCACCUGGGAGGUUUCCCCAUACCUGAUCUGAGGGACGUUCCCCACUCGCGCGAGGGAAUGCCUCUUCUAAAUAGAGGCAUUCCUCCAGUCUCUCAUAUGCAGCAGGGAAUGCUGUUUCUUAGAGCAAGGUGCAGGGACGCCGUGGCCCUUCACAAUGUUGCUGGACUACAACUUCCACCGCCCCUGGCCGUUGGCCAUGUUUGCUGGGGCAGAUGGGAGUUGUAGUUCAGCUCCAUCUGGAGGGCUGCAGGCUCCCCACACCUGUUUCACCAAAAUGGGGUUGUCGCCCACUAUAUUUACUCAGAGUAAACCUGCUGAAAUUAGCGCCCCCAAGUUAAUCACUCCCGUUAUUUCAGUGGGUUUACUCUGAAUGGGACUAACAUGGGAUGCAGCCCAUGGUUUUUAAGGCUAUUCUUUUCCCAGAUGUACCUGGGAGGUAAAACUCCAUAAACAAUAAACCUCCUCUCAGGGUACAAACAGACAAGAGCCUGGAAACGGGUCAUUCCGGCUACUUGGUUUACUUGUGCUCGCUGUCAAUCAACCCUGAUUUUGUUUGAUGAAGUGUAACCAUUUUUUCUUACAAUGAGGUUAAGCUUUAAAGGGAAAAGGGUUUUUUUGCUUGUUUUUUUACAGUGGAUUGAUGCAUACCUGUUUUAGUGGCCAUGUGAUCAAGGGGGAGAGUUUUGGAGAGGUGGAGAAGAUGCCUCAAUGAACAACAAGAUCCACAUGCCUGAACAGAGAAUCUUGUAGGCAGUGGAGGCCAGUGGCUCUGACGUCAGUAGGGCAGCGAAUCCAGUCCAGGUUUUAGUCCAAUCUUGGUAGGAUCUCUCCAAGGUGCUGAAGCCUAAUCUCCAAAACCAGGUUCAGCACUUUGGACAGCUCCUUGAAAAGCCACCGACCUCCACUGUUUGCAGGAACUCUGCCAAGUCCUCCGUUCCACCAGCAUGCAAUGGCAAGUACUGUAACACCCCCACCCUUUCCCUCAAAUGACGCCCUUCAGAGCCUCACGUUCCUGUAUGUGACUCUCCAGUAAGCACACUCCUCCCACUGUGAACAUUAAUGGCCUGUGCUUUGGGGGCAACAGGAGACCUCUGUGAUCAGUUCUCAACCAGGAGCAUUGCUGUGCAUAGCCAGCUGAGGACCACCGUUGAGGGUGAGCAAGGACUCAUACGAAUCCAAAGGGGGAUCUCCUUCCAUGCACACAGCAGAGGGCAAAUAUAAUGCACAUGGUCCUCUGUCGCAGUCUGGAAAACUGGCAAUUGCUCUUUAGUAUGCUGGAUGUGGGAACAAUCAUCCUCUUUAGCAGGGGGUGGGGAACUUGUUGCCCUUCAGACCUCAAUGUUUUUCAUGCCAAGAGCGGGGAACCUUGGCCCUCCUGAUAUUGCUGAACUACAACUCCCAUCUGCCCCAGCAAGCAUGGCCCAUGCAUAGCAAGCCAGCCAAGGAGGAUGGGAGUUCUAGUUCAGCAACAUCUGGAGAGCUAAAGGUUCCCAAUCUAGAGAUUUUUUUGUUUUUUGAUUAAGUGGUAUAUGCAUCUUGCUAAAUGAAUAUAUUAAAUAAAUCUGGAGAGGACCAUUGGUUCCCUAUCAAUUGUAACUGAACUGCUGGACCAUCUUAAUACCUCCCCCCCCCCCCCGAGAUAAGACUUUUCAUUUAGAAAAGCUUUUAAAACAAAAUUCACUGUUGACUUUUCAAUGCAUAUUUGCAUAAGGCUGUUUGCCAAACCCUUGGCUUGAAGACAAUCACACCUGUGUUUUAAAAGUGGCAUAAUGAUUUUUCGGCUCAUGCUAUGCUUUUAUGUUAAGUUCCCUUUCUGGGUACAAAUCAGACCUGUACCAGUGUUCUUGUGUUUUCUGCCUCAUGUAAUUCGGUUUAAACUAUCAUUGCCUUCUUGGGGGGGGGGGGCACUAUGAAAGUAUUUGCACUUACGGCACUGUUUACGGGAUGCAUGCACUGUGAUUUGUAUCUACUUUACCUCUGGUGUCGCUUGGGUUGAAAAAAUAAUCAUCUGU